UCCAUUCUAAUAUUCUCUUCUCUCUUGACAACUUGACGACUUGACGUUGUAAGUUGUAAGUUGUAACUUGUAAGGCAGAACAUUUUAUGGUUUUAAGUUUUCGUAGUUCAAUCUCGGAAUUGGCAAAUCCUGAUACUCGUUUUUUUUUUUAAAUCAAAAUGUAAUGUCGAUUGUUGUUAAAUAUUUCAUGUUGCUUAUUUAUUGUCCAUAAUAAAUUAAUUCCAAAUACGAGUAAAUUAUUGUUUAAAUUCUACGGACAAUGCAGACUAAAAUGGAUAAGACCGAAGACUCUUUUAAUAACAAUUACACUACUUAUGARUACCAGGUAAAGAAUGGUAUCAGGGAGAAGAAACAUUACGGAAACACUAAUGGUUACCAGAACAAACCAACGCAAUAUGAUGAAGUUGUCGCUCAAUUAUUCAAAAAACAAUUUCCCCUGACUAAUCAAGGCAAGUGGGAACUUCCUAACCCGGAUACCAUGCUGAGACUCUGUAAAUGGGAGUUACCAGAUUUUAUGCAUUUAAAAAAAUYACUUAACACAGUCAAAGAUAAACUAAAUGAUUUUAACUUAACUGAAUGGCAUACAAAUACAAAACAAACAAAUCCAGCUGGUAAAGUUAUAUCUAAAGUUCGAGGAAUUGGACAUCCAGAACUAUUGACCGGUGCUUGGUUGAAGUUUUUUGAACUAUUAAACGAUUAUAAUCUAAUACCUCAAAAAAGCAUUGAAAAUGGUAAGUUGUACAGUGUUCAUUUAUGUGAAGCUCCUGGAGGUUUUAUUUCUGCUCUCAACCAUUAUAUCAUUAGCCAAGAAAUAAACGUCAAAUGGGAUUGGGUAGGAGUUUCAUUAAAUCCAUAUCAUGAAGGAAACGGUAAUCCUGAUUUAAUAAAUGAUGAUAGAUUUAUGUUAUAUACAUUAAACCAUUGGUUUUUUGGUAAGGAUCACACUGGCGAUAUUUUUCAAAAAAAUUUCUACAAAGAAUUAUAUACCUUUGUAAAAAACCGUUUUGGCGAAGAAGCAAAUUUGGUAACAGCUGAUGGAAGUAUGGAUUGUCAAAAUAAUCCUGACGAACAAGAAAAUGUAGUAAUGCGCCUGCAAAUAGUAGAGACUAUGGUCGCCUUAAUGAUACUUCAAAAAGGUGGUUCAUUUGUUAUAAAAAUGUUUACUAUGUUUGAAUGCAAUACGUUAUGUCGAAUAUAUUUGUUAUGUUGUGCUUUUGAUUCAGUACAAAUAAAAAAACCAGUUACUAGUAAGCAGGGAAAUUCUGAGGUUUAUGUUGUAUGUUGCGGAUACAAGGGGUUACAACAUGUGGAACCUUGGAUUCAUACUUAUUUUUCGACUAUAGAUCGCAAUGUCUCUGAUUAUUGUCUGUUUCCAUUGAAAGAAUUGCCUAAGGAUUUCUUAUCAACAAUGUAUAAUUGCUCAAAAUAUUUUAGUGAACUACAAAUGCAAGUUAUUGAAAAUAAUAUUGAACGAUUUGUUAAAAAAAUUGAAAAUGAUGCCAAAAAUUUAAGUGACCUACAAUAUUGUGUUGCUAAAACAUAUGUGUAUAGGUAUAAAAUAAAAAAAAUAGACUCAUCACAAGAAAUAGUUGGACAUAAUAAACUUCAGUAUGAUUUGCCAAAAGUUUUAUCUAUGAAGUUAGUCAUGGAUUAUUCAUUUUCUGAGAAACAGCGUAGGACAGAAUAUCGAGCAUCAGAUGAAGCAAAGUUACUACAAAAUGAAGUGAAUCAGUUUGAUAAAUAUCAAUGGCAAUAUGAAUCAACAGUUUUGUGGUUUACUGCAGAGGAUGCCAAAAUUGACUCAUCUGAUUUUAAUAUUCAAAUGGGUAAACCUGUAUCUGUGAUACGCAGCUCUAAGUUUUGUGUGGAUAUAUUAAUAGACUACAGUAACCGAGCAAGAUCAUUAUUUACUAUUCCUAUUGAAGACAGUAUUAARCGCAGAGAUUACUUUUGGUUACAAAUACCAAGACAGACUAUUAAUGGGCAGUUAAUUGUUUGCGACCUAACAUCGAUUUAUAUUAGUGAUUGUAUCAAUAAUAAUAGAAAACAACAUGAUUCUUUAAUUGCUAUCUUAGAAUCAUUUGAUAAACUUCAAACUUCUGAUAGUUUAUUAUUAAUUGGAUAUCCAUUGCUUACUCAAGUAAAUGUUGGUGUUUUCUUUGUACUUCUUAAUAUGUUCCUAAAGACUGGUGUGAUGAAACCUGAUAAAAUGGGCCAUGCUUUUGUGUUUUGUUCAAAAGUUAAUGGCAAAAAWAUAGAUGAUUUAAUAGCUCUUUUAAACGAAUUAAAAAAGCAUAUUAAAGAUCCCAGUAUCAUAGAUAUAGUUGAAAAACAAGAACAAUCUUUAAUAUCAUUCUUUCCAAUUAAAAAACUUAUGUUUCAACCUAUUUAUAAAGACAUUGUUACUGUUAAUUGUUUGCUUAUAAUCAAUGAAGUGAAAAAAACUGUCCAUUCUUUUUUGCAACAAAAAUGAAUAAUUUGUCAUCAGAAGACAAUUAAUUAAUAUUUUUCUUUGUUAAUAUGUAUUUAUGUAUUUUUUUUUUUAAUAUACUAUUCUCAGUAUUUUAACGACUAAGAAUUAUGAAUAUGUUGUGAUAAUUAUUUUUAAAAUUAUUAUCCCAUAAUAUAUUAAUAUCAUGAUAAUGUAUUAUUUACA